CAAGACAAGACGCCAGGUCUUGCGGCACAGCAAAGAAGCUGCAUUGUUUGGGUCGCUUUGAAUUUGUGCUGUUGAACUGGCAGUCUCCUGGUAGUUCUCGAAGCGUACACUUACUUUGAAGUAACUAGAUUACGUUGCUGACUGUUCGCUGCACAUUAGAUGGUAAAUUUUGUGCUUAACCGCAGCGCGAAGCUCAAGAGUAAAUAACUUAUCAAACGUUCUUAGCGUUUCGCCUACACCCAAACACGCUGGUUUCGCAUUUACGUAUUUUGGAAUCCUAUGAGCGAGAUGGAAAAAUCGGCUGAGGUAGAAGCAGCGAGUGAAGAGCCAGCGGUCGUGGGAUGUUCAGGUAACGAUAACGGUCCUGCCUCAGUGACGGACGCUGCAGAACCGAGCGAUCCAAAGAAGAAGGCUAAGUGGACUAAAGGCAAACGGAGGAAGAGGGCUCGUGAUGUCAAUGCUCCGGAACGACCACUCACAGGCUAUGUCCGCUUCCUGAAUGAUCGGCGGGAGGGUGUCCGAACUGCGAACCCUACGGCCAGCUUUCCAGAUGUCACAAAGAUCCUGGCCAUUGAGUGGAGCAAGCUUAGUCCCCAGGAAAAACAGAAAUAUUUGGAUGAGGCUGAGAAAGACAGGGAGCGCUACUCAAAGGAAAUGGAGCAGUACCAGCAGACGGAAGCCUACAAAACGUUCACAAAGAAGCAGCAUGAAAAGAAAGCCAAAGGUGGUGAUGUCAGUGCAGCAGCAACUACAAAUGGCACAACGGCUGAUCGCCCAUGCGGCAAGCAAGCCAAGCGGACUGCCGAGAAGAUCCCGGCUACUAGUAGACUCUACUCCGGCUUCCCGGAGACAAGUGGACACGUACGGGCCAACAGCAUUGAACCGGCACCAAGUGAAGACAGCAAGAAGGAUGAGAUACCUGGCUUCGACAUUCCAAUCUUCACAGAGGAGUUCCUUGAUCACAACAAGGGAUGUGAGGCAGAGCUCCGACAGCUGCGCAAGUCCAAUACAGAGUAUGAGGAGCAGAAUGCCAUUCUCGGCAAGCACAUAGAUACCAUGAAGGCAGCAAUAGAAAAACUUGAAGUGGAGACCGUCCAACAGAAGAACAACAACCUUGCUCUGCAGCAGCAUCUGGCCACUUUGCGCACAAACCUUGCUGCAAGUUUCUCGAGCCUGCCAUUGCCUGGAACAAAUGAAACAGCCACAUUGGACAACAUAGACAGCUAUAUGGCUAAGCUUCACAGCAUCAUCUUGGAUCGACCACAAGAGCAUGAAUCACUAAUUGCUUCUGUUCGUGAGAUCGCUAAUCGCUUGGAGUACCAAGGAUGAACACAGGCUGACAAUAUGCCACUGUUAAAUGAACUUAAGCAUUCGUGUGCUGUACAUAGUGCUUCAUUCUUACUAGAUUGCUGAACUGGCUGAUAAAAUACAUCAUCAUC